AUGAGGAGGUCUGAGUCUCUCCAAGGAACAGUGAGAGUUGCAGUGGAGUUUGCCAUCGAUGCUGGGUACUGCCACUCGGAUUGUGCCUGCGUGUACCGGAAUGGGAGUCAGAGCGGAGAUGCACUGUGAGAAAAAACUGAGGAGGGGGUUGUGAGGCAAGAAGGCCUCUUUAUUGUCGGUAAGCUGUUGUUCACCUUCCAUAAGAGAUCCUUGGUGAAGGAGGCAUGCCAGAAAACACUUGCUGCCCUCCAGCUGGAUUAUUUGGAUCUCUACCUGAUGCACUGGCCCAUGGGAUCCAAGGCAGGAGAGGAGCCAUUUCCUGCAGAUGGAAAUGGCAUGAUCAUUCCCAGCAAUACAGAUUUUCUGGAUAUGUGGGAGGCUAAGGAAGAGCUGGUGGAUGUGGAAACAGUGAAGGCUAUUGAAGUCUCCAACUUCAACUGCAAACAGACAGACUGGCUCCUGAGAAAACCAGGCCUAAGACACAAACGAAAUAAUCAGAUUGAAAGUCACCCAUCUUCCUCAGGAAGAGCUGAUUUCAAGUUUUGCCAAUCCAAAGGGAUUUCUGACCCUGCAUAUUGUCCCCUUGGAGCCUCCCACUGGCCCAAGUCCAAACCUGAACAUAUUUCCCUUUUUGAUGAUCCUCAAACCAAGGAAAUCACACUCAAGUACAAUAAAACCCCAGCUCAGGCCUUAUCCCGGCUUCAGAUUCAAAGAAACAUGCAUAUAAUUCCCAAAGCUGUCAAUAAGCAUAUUGAAGAAAAUUUUAAGGUGUUUGACUUUGAAUUGACCAAAGAGGAGAUGGAAAUUGUCCUUGCUUUAAGAUACCAUAUCUGUGCAUUAAGCAAAUGCAAAAAUCACAAGGACUAUCCCUUUUUUGGAAGAUUAAAAGAGACACCAUCUUCAGAUCCUCCAUGGCUUGGGACUGUAUACUGUUGUUUUAAGCAAUUUGCAAUACCUGGUGUAUAA